AUUGCGAGCGUGGUUUCUAGGAAAUUGUCUGUCUAAACUGUAAAUUGUGUGCUGCACCACAGCGUUUAUAUUUUGUUUUCGGGAACUAUAUAAACCAAAGAUUACCAAAGGUUCUUCUUGUUCCAUGUAUGGAAUGUGAAAAUUGUGUCUGCACCUGUAUAAAUUUUCCAUGUGUACAGGCAACCAAUAUCCAUAGCUGAACAUUGUGUUUAUUUGAAGUUGUUAAAGCUGAAACAGAGAUGUCUAGGAAUUAUGACAACUGGGGGAGGUUGGUAGGAGCUGUACUGCAGCGAGAGCGGGAUUGGGAAGUGGCCCGAGCCGAUUCAAGAAGCACAAGCUCCAGUUCCAUUUCCGUAUCAUUGGAUAUUGAAGAUCUAUCCCUGAGUUUGCUAAGAGAAGAACAAAAUGUUGAAUAUGGAAGAAGGAAUUCAAGUAACAGUUCUUUCAUAGCCUCCUCAAGUAUUAAAGAUCACCCCAUCUACCUAAAGCCGGCAAGAGAAUCAAAAUUCCGUACGGAAUUGCCGAGUGCAAAGAGGAUCUUGAAGUAUCUCAAGGAUAUUCAAAAGGAUCCUCCUGCCAAUAUCAGUGCUGGUCCUGUAGCCCGGGACUUGUUCCAUUGGCAAGCUACUAUCUUUGGUCCUCUUGACAGUCCAUAUGCUGGAGGAGUUUUCCUACUUACCAUCCAUUUUCCGCAGGAUUACCCUUGGAAGUCCCCUAAGAUUGCUUUUAGAACAAAAGUUUUCCACCCAAAUAUAAACAGUAAUGGGACCAUAUGCCCUGCAAUGCUUCGGGAUUACAGUCCUGCCCUAAACAUUUCCAAGGUGUUACUUAUUAUUUCUGCAUUGUUGGCGGAUCCAGUCAUUGAUGAUCCUUUGGUGCCUGAGAUUGCUCACAUUUACAUGAUGGACAAGAAGAAGUAUGAAGCCAUUGCAAGGAGUUGGACUCAGAAGUAUGCCAUGGGCUAGUAUUAGUGUUGGGAUUUGGACUCUUUGGUGGAAAAAAUUAGUACAAAUAGUGUUCACUUCAAUCAGUACACUUGAACAUUUUGGAGAAAAAUAGGCUAAUUUGUUAGUAUAUGCAUAAACGUUUUUCUCUUUUGAUUGCAUGAUUGUGACUAGUGAGUGUUAGGAGAAAAAUAUUGUUAGCUUAGCAUCUUAAUUUUUCUUGUUCUCUUUGUGAGUUGUUCCAAGAUUUAAAAAUUCUGGUUGUGGUAAAACUUAUAGCAAUAUUUGUCCUAAAAUA